AUGGGCUCUGUCGACACCACUCUCCCACACCCCUUUGAUCCACUCUCGCGGGAGGAAAUUGAAAACACCAUUUUCACAGUCAAGAAGGCCCACGGCGAUGUCUACUUCAACGUUGUUUCCCUCCAGGAGCCUCGCAAGGCUGAGAUGACAGCAUGGCUUGAGGAUCCCACCAAGGCACCCCGACCAAAGCGUCUUGCGGACGUCGUUGUCAUUGCACCUGGUGGCAAGGUGUACGAUGGCUUAGUAGAUCCGGCCAAGGGCGAGAUCGUUUCGUGGGAGUGGGCUGAGGGUCAGCAACCAAUUUUAACCAUGGAAGAACUCCAGCUUGUGGAACACAUUGCCCGUAAGGACCCCAAGGUCAUCGAGCAGUGCAAGAUCAGCGGCAUUCCCGAAGAGGAUAUGGACAAGGUGUACUGCGACCCCUGGACAAUCGGCUUUGAUGAGCGCUUUGGCAGCUCGGUACGGUUGCAGCAGGCGCUCAUGUACUACCGCCCCGAGCUCGACAAUUGCCAAUACCAGUAUCCUCUCGACUUCUGCCCCAUCUACGAUAGCGACAAGCAGGAGAUCAUUGCCAUCGAUAUUCCCAAGAUCCGCCGGCCACUCAGCAAGGCUCCCGCGUUCGAUUAUCACCCGGCUGCCAUCGAGGCAAGGGGCGGUUUCCGCAACAACCUAAAGCCCAUCAACAUCACCCAGCCUGAAGGUGUCUCGUUCAAGCUGAACGGGAGGGAGAUUGAGUGGCAGAAUUGGAAGUUCCAUAUUGGUUUCAACUACCGCGAGGGUAUCGUGCUCAACAACAUCACCUUCAACGACCAAGGCAAUGUCAGGCCGAUCUUCUACAGACUCUCUAUAGCUGAGAUGGUGGUCCCUUACGGAAACCCCGAACACCCUCACCAUCGCAAGCACGCUUUCGACCUGGGCGAGUACGGCGCCGGCUACCUGACCAACAGCCUUUCCCUCGGUUGCGACUGCAAGGGCUCCAUUCACUACCUCGACGCCGAGUUCCCCACGCGCGUCGGCGGCAUUCGGAAGAUCAAGAAUGCCAUCUGCAUCCACGAGGAGGACUCCGGCAUCUUGUUCAAGCACACCGACUUCCGCGACGACUCCGUCAUUGUGACGCGCGGCCGCAAGCUCAUCAUCCAACAGAUCUUCACGGCCGCCAACUACGAGUACGUGGUGGCCUGGAUCUUCCACCAGGACGGCACCAUCCAGCCCGAAAUCAAGCUGACAGGCAUCCUCAACACGUACAUCAUGGAGCCCGACGAGGACACGCACGGUUGGGGCACGCAGGUCUAUACCGGGGUAAACGCACACAACCACCAGCACUUGUUUUGUCUGCGCAUCGACGCCAACGUCGACGGGCCCAACAACUCCGUGUAUGUCACGGAUGCGGUCCCGGGAGAGGCUCCCGUCGGCAGCAAGGAGAACUUUUAUGGUAACGCCUUUUACAGCAAGCGCGCCAAGCUGGCCACCACGGGCGAAGGCAAGACCGACUACAUCGCCCAAACCUCGCGCACCUGGGAGAUCUGCAACCCCAACAAACUGAACCCGUACAGCAAGAAGCCGGUGAGCUACAAACUCGUAAGCCGCGAGGUGCCUACCUUGCUGCCCAAGGAGGGUUCGCUGGUGUGGAAGCGUGCUGCUUUUGCUCGCCAUUCGGUCCAUGUUACCAAGUACCGAGACGACCAACUCUGGCCUGCUGGCCGACACGUCCCCCAAACCUCAGGCGAGCCCUCGCGCGGUCUUCCCGAGUGGAUCGGCGACGGUACCGAGUCCAUCGACAACACCAACGUCGUUGUUUGGCACACCUUUGGCGUCACCCACUUCCCCACGCCCGAGGAUUUUCCUGUCAUGCCGGUCGAGCCCAUGACCCUGCUGCUGCGCCCGCGUAACUUCUUUGCCCGAAACCCGGUGCUGGAUGUGCCCCCCAGCUAUGCGAGCACGCCGAGCCAGCUGCUGGCGAAAGGCCAGGGCGUGUACGAUGCGGCGGAUAAGUUGAGCAAGUUGGCUUUUGAGGUGCCGAAGGAAGUGGAUGGUAAGGGGGUUAGUGGGGCGGGUAAUGGUGCUGGCGGUUCUAUGUCUUCGUGCUGUAAGAAUGGUGAUGGUUGCCAGUGAGUGUAACGCGUUGCGACUGAGUUGAAGCUCGAGAUGGUCGAAAUCGGAUGGCUUGGUUUGAAAAUUGGCGUUCUUGGGGUGGUCGAUUUGAUGAUUUUGGUACAUUGUUCUUUUUCGUUGUGUAAAAAUAUCCAGUCAGCUUGUUCCUCGUCACUUUUUGUCAGCCCUGGACGGCUGCUGAAUGGGUGGGACUCUUGCCCAAAGAUGAGAUUCAUGUGCUACCAGUAACUCCUUGAACGUAUUGUACAGUGUGAUCCAUGCCCCGCCAUGCUUUCCCCAGCAUGUUAUCUUUUUCCCGAACCAGCAAUGCAACGUCGUGAAAAGUAUUUAGUUCUGUACUCUAACAAAGUCCGUGAAAGACAAUCAGCCGUCCACAGCUCUCAAAUAGGGCGGUGCCUCGAGUGAGUGAAUGUCCAACAUCGCCCACUGUCCGUUCAACCAUCUAUCCCUUUCUGAACACUCCCUUCCCUGGUUCGUCAAGAAAAAAAGAGGCCAUGCCAAUCCAAGCUCCCGACCUCUCCUUUCUCACCCGUCAUCUCGAGCCGCUUAUUUCUUGACAGCCUGGUAAGGAUACCAAGGAUCCGCGUCCUUGCGGGUCCACACCUGCCUGCGCUUCUUGUUGACCACAUGCUCGACCCAGAUCUCAUGAGCGUACUUCUUCUUGAACUCGCGAAUGAAGCGCGGAUCCCACAACUCUGACGCAAUGCCCAAGUCCUUACAGCACCGCAGCAAAGCAUUAGACUUGCAACCCUCUCCGGCCGUCGGUAUUGUCUCCUCGGAGAAGUACUGGCAUUCUCCACGGGCUUGGGCGACGAAGCGACCACCAACAAUCAAAGCAUACUCUCUCGUCACCACCUUCUCCCCCACCACCAACUCCCCCCUCGGCGCCAGUCCCCAUCCUCCGGGUCCAAACGCUUGGUUCAGAAUUCGGCGGUACUUGAUCUCCGGCAGGUAAAUGAUUCCAUCCGGCUUGACCUCAACAUCCAGCGGAUCAAGCGGCUGCAUCAGGAUCUUGGCGACCUCGGGGCUGAAAGCCUCCGUCGACAAGCCGUGGUAGGACGAGGACCAGUCAAUCGUCUUCUGGGCCGCGCCGUUUCCGUUAGCGUUGCUGUUAGCACCGUUGCCUGUCAAGGCAGCAGUGAAGGCGCCCUUCUUAGUGCCGUUGUUGCUGGCGUUGUUGCUGCUGGGAAUGGGAAUUUGCGCCGCAAGCUCGGGGUCGACAUCCUCGAGGGU